AUGGGGAAGGCCUAUCUACAGCAGCAGAAGCAGAGGGAGGAGGAGGAGAAGAGCAAGAUAGAGGCGAUGAUGAAGGGCGAUAAGGAGAUCGAACAGCGGCUAAAACGCCAAAGGGCCGAGGAGACUGGCGAGACUGAGGAGGGCCCGGCUAGGAGUAAGCGGUCUCUGAAGCGUCAGAGGCAGAAGGAGAAGAAGAGACAAGCAUGGUUGGCCGCCCAGACUGCUGCAGCUGAGGCUAUUGGAGAGGCAGCUCAGCAGGAUAGUGUACAUGAGAUGACCUUUUCGGAUUCGGAAGGAGAAGACUGA